CCCCGCAUGGCUUCAAUUACCGGACCGACUGCUACCAGCGAAGGUGCGCACAACGAGCCUGGAAACACCGGCUCAGGACGGCGCGGAGGAAGAGGAAGAGGGCGAGGCCCGCAAGCUGGAUCGUCACAACCAGGUAGCGAGAACACGAAUUCGAGAGGGCGUGGGAAAGGGCGGGGAGGACAGGCUCGAGGCAAUCGAGAUGGUGGCGGCGGUCGAGGUGGACGAUCGCAAGAGAAGGGCAAGGCGCCGGCAGUCAAUGCACCUGAAGGAGAGCAACCUCAGUCCGCCCUUGCGAAACCAAACCUCACUGCAGCUCCCAGCGAUGCCGACGCUGAGGAGGGAGAAGUCUGCUUUAUUUGCGCAUCACCGGUCCAGCAUCUCGCUGUCGCACCGUGCAACCAUCGGACCUGCCAUAUCUGUUCUCUGCGAUUACGAGCUCUAUACAAGACGAAGACAUGCGCACAUUGCCGAACCGAAUCAGACCACGUAAUCUUCACCGAUAACCCUACGAAGAAUUACGAAGAAUUUGCGCCUGGAGGUUUCUACAAAUCGGACGAUAAUCUGGGGAUACGGUUCGAAACCGCAGAGACUUUUGACGACACGCGUUUGCUGCUGCAAUACAACUGCCCCGAGGGUACAUGCGACGUGGCUUGUCUUGGAUGGCCAGACCUGCAUCGACACGUUAAAACUGCGCACGGUAAGGUUCUGUGUGAUCUGUGUUCACGGAACAAGAAGGUCUUUACGCACGAGCACGAGCUCUUCACUUUCGCCGAACUCAAACAACAUCAGAAAUUCGGCGACGACAACCCGGGAGCUAUAGAUCAGAGUGGAUUCAAGGGCCAUCCCGAGUGCGGUUUCUGCCGUCAGCGAUUCUACGGCGAUGACGAGCUAUUCAAGCACUGCAGAGAAAAACACGAGCGCUGUCACAUCUGUGAUCGCCGAAACGAGGGUAGAAACCCACAAUAUUUUGUCAAUUAUGACGCUCUGGAGCAACACUUCCGUAAAGACCAUUUCAUGUGUCCAGAUCGGGAGUGUUUGGAAAAGAAGUUCGUCGUCUUCGACUCGGAGAUGGAUCUUCAAGGACAUCAGAUCGAAGCCCACCCGAACGGAUUGACAAAGGAUGCGUUGCGUGAUGCUCGAAGGGUCAACAUGUCAGGAUUUGAUUUGCGUGGGUCACAGGAGCAAGAUACUGGAGGUAGAAGGGACGGCCGUGGACGGGACGGAGGUAGAGGGCGCGGAAGAGGAAGGGGAAGAGAUCCAAACUCGGAACCCAUACCUGCAUCAUCUGCUCAACCCAUGACUAGAGCUGAACUGGCAUACCAGCGAACGCAAGCGGCUCUACAGAAUGGGUCCACCGGACGAGCUUUCGGUGGGCAGCUUACGUCCGCUCCCACCCCAGGGGAAGCUUUUGCCGCUAGAGCUCCGUCUAAUGCUGAACCGCCUACCGUGUCAGUGCCUCGACCUGCUGGGACGACUGUCAACAAUGUAGCCAACAGUGUUGGUCAGAUGACACUGAACACGAACCCGGCACCGCAAACGCCUCAAGAUCAAGCGAGACUCUUACGCCACAAUGCCGUUACGGAGAGAGCUUCCAAUAUGCUCCGCAAUGACCAAGCCAAACUCCAAGAGUUCCGAACUCAAGUAUCAGCCUACCGCAACUCGAGAGUGACAGCAACCGAACUGAUCGAAGGCUUCUUCGCAGUUUUUGAUGCGAACACGGCCGAGAUUGGCAAGCUCGUGAAGGAACUGGCGGAGAUUUUUGAGAUACAAAGCAAACGCGAAGGACUUCUCAAGGCAUGGAGUGAUUGGAAAGCCAUCAAUGAAGACUACCCGUCGCUCCCCGGGGCAGCCAUGGAGCAAUCGCUGCGGGGCGGACCGGCGGCUCACGGUGGAUCGCGGGUGCUCAAACUCAAAAGUUCGACGGCACAAUCGUCUCGCUCUGCGGUCAACAAGCAGGCCAGCUGGAACUCGACGUCGUCCAACAGCCUUUUCCCUCCUUUGCCGGCAGCGGGACCCGCGAGCCGCAUAGGAGCGAAACCGGGACAGACACCGUGGGCGACAUCAUCAGCAUCUGCUGCAUCGAGCAGGCGGGUAUCGCCCAUGCCGUCUCGCACGGCAUCGUCGACGGCAGUCAAUCGGCCGAACAAUGCCGACUUGUUCCCUGCACUGCCCACGGCGCCCAAGCCGACCAGCACGAUCUUCAGCCCGGGAUACAACGGGUCUGGGAUCAGGCGAGAUAACAGCAGUCGCACGACGGCCGCCAAUGCAUGGACCGGAGGGGCGGCUGCUUCUUCGAAUGGCGGCGGCGGCAACACGACAGCGGACGAGGAGGGCAACGGCGGGGGUAAGAGGAAGGGCAACAAGAACAAGAAGCAGACGCUGUUCCAUUUUGGCUAA